AUGCCUCAUUUACAAACAUUACGUCUUUGGCGAGCAGAUGAUUUUCCUUGGACAUCUACACAGCAUGUAGCAGUUUUUGAACAAGAUCUUUGUCAGCUGGUCGAAACAUUAAAAGAAUUUAUUUUUCUGGAUAUUUAUGGCGAAAUUCAUAAAGAAAAAGUUGAACCUUAUCGUUUAAUGGCUCAAACUCGCUUUCCUAAUAGUCGAAUAAAUGUUGAAGUAUCAAGAUUUCGUCUUUGGUUGUAA